GAGGAUGGGCAUCCCCAUAGAUUCGGAUUGUUGCCCUUUAAUGUUCGCUGUAUAAUCUUCGCCUCCUGGUUUCCGUACCUAUUUGUUCGACUAUGAGCAUUACUCGGUUCGCCCUUGGAGUUAUUUGCUUGAGCCUGCAUGUUACGUUGGCUGUGGGUUUCUGGACGGCGUUAUACGGAUCUGACGGCUUCUUACGUGGAAGACGGUGUGACCAUUCUCAUCAAUAUGGACAAAUACAUCUAGCGUGCUUCGUAUAUCUCACCUGGUUUGCCGCAAUCACUCUAAAAAGAAAACAAGUGUAUGCUCAGAAGGCCGUACUGUUGGGAAUCCAAGUCGGCUACCAAAUCAUUUUCGUCUGGACCACGUUGCUGCUCGGUUCUUUGGGCCGAUGGCAGGCCAGAAGCAAUGUCGUUCCUCGUACUGAGCACAAACAUACGUUGCGAGGUUGCGUGGCUGGAUGCGUCUGCUUGCGAUACCCAAUGUCUGGUGGUAGACAUGCUUUGGGUGGUUUCUCAUUCGCCCUCGUCGUGGCUUACCCCUGACAUUGUCAGGCAGCGAACAGCAAAUAUCCAGUUGUUAUUGGGGGGGGGGGGGGGGGGGUGUUGUAUGAACAAGAGAAGGAUCGCCGACCGACAACGAGCAGACAUUGUUGCAGAUCUCUUGGGGCCUAUUUAUUUACCUCCUGCUGAACGGGCCAUCCCUACCAUACUAGCACCUUACAAAUGCCUUUUGUCCCUACUUACCACCACCUGGCGCAAGCCUCAUGUGUUGCUAUUCUGCUGUUUGGACAUCAAUCUGCUGUUUUCUUUUCCCCUUUGAAUAUUUCUUUUUGGUUCGACGCCCCGUUCUUCCCACAUCAUGUCAUGAAAUGUACAUAUCUACUUUAUAUGCUUCUCUUUGUUCUCUCCUGCUGAAACGGGAAGUUUUAUUCCCUUCAUUCAAUUA